UACACAAAGGGCUCGAGGACAAAAGCUGAAACAGCCAAUGAACGAGCGCGUUGUUUGUUUGCGACGUUUCCCCAAGAAUGUGAAGGUGGGGCGUUUUGCGAUAUUCAGGAAAUUGUCAUUUUUCUAUUUAUCUCAGAGUAGAGAUGUACAAAUGUAUUUCGUUUUUUUUCUUAGCGUGCUUACACAUCUAAGAACUCUUUGAAUGGUUCCCCAUUCAACAUAAUGAUGACGAGAAAACCCAACCAACCUCAACCCCCAAAGAGAAGAGGAAAGGUCCGUGCUAGUGCCAGUGGGCAAAUUGACUCACUGGACAAUACCAUGACUGACUCAGAGACAGUUCCUCCAUCACAAAAGAGGCACCUGACCAUGAUGCAGCAUGGCGACAACCUCCUCAAGUUUCUAAACGAGGACCGAACGAAGCAGAGGUUCUGCGACAUCUCCGUCAGUGUGGGCGGGAAGCGCUACAGGGCCCACAAAGCCAUGUUGGCGCACGGUAGCAGCUACUUCCACGCCGAGCUGACCAAAAACCCAACCGCCGAUCACGUGAUUCUCGACCACGUGGAGGAUUCCGUGUUCCAACACUUACUGCACCUCCUUUACACGGCCGAGUGCGUCAUUCCCGAGAGCGAGGUCCCUGCCCUGACUGAAGCGGCCGGCUUCCUGGACAUGAUGGAUGUAGUGAAGCUCCUGGCAGGAGAGGGGGAUGGCCGGCCAGCGCUUGCCCGAGUGGAGGUUAAGUCCGUGGGGGAACCAAGCUCAGAGAAGACCUCUAUAGCUUCUGACCUUCCAUCGGACUGUGUCGGGGUCCAAAGCCCAGUCCAUUCUGGUGCCCACCAUUGUUCGUUCUGCAGCCGCACAUUUUGCUACAAGAAGUCUCUGGAGAACCAUUUAAACAGGAACCACAGUAGCAACACCGAAGUAGACGCCAGAGAAAAGGUGGUCAAUCAAGAGGUUACUACCAUGGUAACCACGACCCGGAGGUCUGCCCGCAGGAGGAGAGUUCCCGCUAAAUUGGAGAGAGGGGACGCGGACAGCUCCGGCGCAACAGAGGGGACGCUACAUCAAGACCCCGCUAGUCGAGACCCAACCACCACAGAGGAAGACGACGAGGAAGAAGAAGAAAAUGGGAGAAAACCAAAGCACAUAUCUGACACAGGUGAUGCACUCACCCCAACCGAGGGUGAGGAGGCGGAAGAGGAGAGGGAGGAGGAGGAGAUGGUGGAGGAACGUCAAAGUGCGUUAGUACGGAGAGCAAGAGAGAGCGGUGAGAGUUCAGAGGUGGAGACAACUGAACACCACACAGUCAAUGAGGUGGAGGUAUAUAGUCAGGCUGCCAAUGGUUCUAACUAUGGAGCAGUGUACCCAGAGGGACUGGCUCCUGUCAUCAUCCAGAGCGUAAGCAAGAAGACGCUCAAGUGCCCCAAGUGUGACAAGACCUUUGACCGCACAGGGAAGUAUGAGAGUCACACCAGGGUACACACGGGAGAGAAGCCCUUCCAGUGUGACGUGUGUCUGCAGUGUUACUCCACCAAGUCGAACCUCACUGUACACAAGAAGAAGCACGCCAGUGACGCCCCCUUCCAGAAGAAGGACCACAAGUGCUCCUUCUGCAACAAGCUCCACGCCAGCAAAAAGACCCUCGCCAAACACGUCAGAAGGUUCCACCCGGAUCACAUUCAGGAGUUCCUGGCCAUGAGGAGGAAGAAGAACGAUGGAUGGAAGUGUGAUAUCUGCCACAAGUCUUUCACACGUAGACCCCAUCUGGAGGAGCACAUGAUUCUACACACGCAAGACCGACCCUUCAAAUGUGCCUUCUGCGAAGACUACUUCAAGUCCAGGUUUGCCCGCUUGAAGCAUCAAGAAAAGUACCAUUUAGGUCCGUUCCCAUGUGACAUCUGUGGCCGCCAGUUCAACGACACGGGUAACAGGAAGAGGCACAUUGAAUGUACACACGGGGGCAAGAGAAAAUGGACCUGCUUAAUCUGUGGGAAGUCAGUGAGGGAGAG